AUGUCUUCUGGUGGUGAUCAGCAAGAGAUGUGUAUCUCUCCUGAACUAGGAUAUGGUAGGAUUGCUCAACCCGUCCGAGGGUUGAUCUGUCUUCGCGAGAAAAGUAAGGUUGUCAUUUACAAUCCGGGUACGGGAAAGUCUCUGACUUAUUUACCAGAGAUCGAAGCACGUAAACAAGCGGCCAUAAAAAAAAAUUUCGGAUACGAUGAAGUUACAAAUGUGUUCAAGGUUUUAGCGUUUGAUAAAUCACAAGGAGCUAAGGUACAUCAGAUUUUGACGAUAGGAUCGAGUGAACAAUCUUGGAGAAGGAUCAUAUGUGAUCAUGAUCAUUCUCCAGUUACGGAAGGGCUAUAUAAAGAUGGAGUUUUGUACUACAAAGCUCGGUCCCAUACCGACGAAUCUCUGCUAAUGAGCUUCAACUUGAGUUCUGAAGUGUUUACUGUCAUUGAAUUACCUGAGGGAGUCGACACUCGAAUGAAGAAACUGGUGAAUGUCAAAGGUGGAAUUGCUUUGGUGAUGGACGCCCCUGCCAAUGGAUCGAUUCAAAUGAUGGUUAGAAAUGAAGUUUCAGGAAAAUGGGAUAUGGUCUCGUUUAUGAUUCCUCAGUGGAAGCAAACUGUUGAAGACAUGGUGUUUUAUUUUAUAGGUACCGUUGGAACAAAAAAACUUGUUUUCAUGCCAGCCUGCGCGCGUUAG